AUGGCUUUCCAGUUAUGGAAAGACUACUUCCAGUUGGCCAAAGUGGUGGAAGAGAUGCGCAACGGGGAGAUGAUGGGGAUGGAGAUGGAGGAGGACCAAAGGGGACCACAGCUGGCUGAAGCCAGGCGCCCAGAGGAGCAGCCAGCCAUCAUCUCCUGCUCCUUCUGCAGGCAGAACGGGGAGUCCAGCCACGUGUACACCUCUCACCGUCUGAAGGACGAGUCCGGGAGGGUCCAGUGCCCGAUCCUGAGGAACUACACCUGCCCCCAAUGCGGGGCUACUCAGGAGCAGGCCCACACUCGCCGCUUCUGCCCCCAGACCCAGCGGGGCUACGUCUCUGUCUACACCAGCAGCAUCCGGAACUCCGCUGGCAAGAAGAAGAAGAGCAAGAGCAGGAAGGUAGGGCAGCAGGGAUCUUGGGGAUGA